CGCAAACGGUCACACUUAGUUGCACUUUCUAAUCAGCUUUUUUGCUUUGCUUUGAUGAUUAACCACCCACUAGAGAUUAAAGAAAUCAGGAUUUAUCGCGCCCUCUUGACAGCAUGGAAUUGAGCUGGGAGAUAGUGCUCUGCGUCGGCAUCGCGGUGCUGGUUCACAUUCUGAUCUACCUAUUCGUAAUGGGCAAGCGCUCAAAGAGCAUUGUGGGGCGUCAUGUGGUUGUUACCGGCGGAUCCAAGGGAAUCGGACUCUGUCUGGCGGUGGAGUGCGCCAUGAAAGGCGCCGAUGUGACGGUAAUAGCCCGCGACGAGAAAAUGCUGAGCGGAGCAGUGGCCUUGAUGGAAGUGAUCCGCCAGCGACCAGAACAAAAGUUCCAGUACAGGAGUCUGGACAUUGGCGGCGAGUAUGAAAAAGUAUCCCAAGUUCUUGGUGAAAUCGAGGAUAGCUUCGGCCCUAUAUACACAUUAAUCAAUUGCGCUGGAAUGGCCAUUUGUGGUGUGUUCGAGGAGGUCUCAGUUCAGGAUAUGCACAAACUGAUGAAUGUGAACUUCUUCGGCACCUAUAACUGUACUCGGUACGUCCUACCUAAGAUGAAAAAGGCGGGCGAGGGAAUUAUUGUAAUCACUGCGUCACAGGCGGCAAUGUUUGGCAUCUUUGGAUACGGACCUUAUUCGACCACUAAGUACGCCCUGAGGGCGAUGGCUGAGACAAUAGCCAUGGAGUCCCGGGAGCACGGGGUUAGCGUGACAUUAGCCUUGCCCUGUGAUACGAAUACACCUGGAUUCGAGGAGGAGGAAAAACCAAGCCAAGGGGAGACCAAAAUAAUCUCAGGUGGAGGAGGGCUUAUUGAGCCAGAAGUUAUGGCCAAAGCUAUAUUAAAGGACGCCUUGAAGGGCAAUUUCACCUCGACGGUAGGAGCAGAAAGUUGGUUAAUCACCACUUUGGGUGGAGCAUUACUUCCUUGGGAUGGAUUCUUCACCAAUCUCCUGCAUGCCAUAGUUCUGGGACCACUGCGACUAGUUAGCUAUGGUCUGCAUAAAUAUUUCAGCAGUGUUAUACGCAAAUGCGCUAGGGAGGAUAAAUCGAAGCCUGGAUCCGAAGUGGACAGCAAAUGAACGCUACGGCUUCUCUACCUUAUUAGUAUUCCAAGUGCCCAGUAUAUUAAAUUACAUUUUCAUUGUAAAUCACAAAGUGCAAUCUGUUUGCAUGUUAAGCAUUUAUCAGCCAUUUCCAAGCUAACUUUAUUGUCGUUUUUUAUAUAUCGUGUUUUGUAGCUGACGUGUGCUUAAACUGGUGUGUGCUUCAUUUGAAUAAAAUCAAAGUGUUACAUUUGUUGAGAA